UUGUAAACGUAAGAAAAACUGGAAACAAUUCUUAUGGAAAUAUGACUUUGAUUGUGUUUGAUGAUUAUGAUGGAGAUGACAUAAGUAUUUUCGUAAACUUUUACAAGUGGACGAACAACAUGUACGUUCCCACUGCCAUAACGUUCACCAGAAACAUUUGCGAUUACUUAAAGUAUGAAAUGAAGUUGUUUUUUCCCGUGGACAAGUCGGGGAUAAUGAAACAUUUUGUGAAGUCAUGUCCAGUCAAAAAAGGUAAAUAUUACGUGAGGAACUUUCCGGGAAAUAUGAUAACAGCCAACUCAAUUCCCUCUUGGAAAAUAAAAUUGUACUGUGAUGUAAAGUUGAGACAAGUAAUAGGUUUUAAUUUGACAAUGAUUAUUAGUGUUGAGGAUGCUGUCGAAUAAAUGUUUUAAUUAGUCUGAAAAUGAACGAUAUUUUUG